AUGGGGAGCACCAUCUCCAUCCCCGCCCCCAAGUUUUUAACGCAGCUGCGCAACCUGCGCGGCCAAGUGACCUCCGGCGCCUACGAGGGCAGAUUGGAGGGAGACCUUGUUUUGCAGAACGGCGAGGGCAUCUUCACCCUUCAGCUAGGUUUCCCUUUCCGAAGCACGCUCACGAUUUCAGCAGCUGGUUGGACGAGGGCCCAAAUCAGCUGGAAGGGCGACGAAAUCGUCGCUACCAACUAUGUCGAGGUUGGCAUCAAGCUACCGAAGGUGCCUGGCCUCUCGAACAUCAUGGAAUUCUUUGUAAAGAGUUACGGGACGCAGUCCACGCAGGACUGCACAGAUGCGCUCGCACGAGCUGCAGAGGUUGCGAGGCCUCCAGAGACACCCUUGCAAAUCGUCGAAGAGAAGGUGAAGGAGUUCUUCACCCCUCUGACGGAGCCAGAAGCAGAAGAGACUGAGGCGGCCGAGCGUGAGCCGCAGACGGACGAGGAUGACAUUCCAGUCGAGGCUGAGUUAGCUCAGCCGUUGCAGACUGAAGCUGAGCCGGCGCCCCCUGAGGAGCAGCCUCCUUCGUACGAGGAGUUGCCUCCUCCGGUUGCGCCCGGAAUGGAGGAGGCCAACCUCGUAGUCACUGUCAAGAUCGAUCCCAAGAAAAGACGCGUGGAGGGCCUUGGAGCAGAGGGCGCCGCGAACCUGAUGGCCGGCUCCGACCGCCAAAUCCUAGAGGCAAUGGCCCAAGAAGGAUGGGAGGUGGAGGUGGUCGAUGAGUCGAGAAAUCUGUACAUGCUCUCGUUGCCGCCAGUGCUCUACGAGGUCAUGGGGAGCACCAUCUCCAUCCCUGCCCCAAGAUUUCUGACGACCCUCCGAAAUACGUCCGGGAGAGAUGGGGGCAAAGGCUCGUACAAGGAUCGGAUAGAAGGAGACCUGGUGCUCCAGAACGGUGAAAACAUUUUCACACUGCAGUUGGGAUUUCCAUUUCGAUCCACGCUCACCAUCUCCGCCGCUGGUUGGACAAGGGCCACAGUGGGUUGGGAUGGCGACAAGAUCCUCUCGUCAAAUUAUGUAGAAGUUGGCAUCAAGUUGCCAAAGGUGCCCGGGCUCACGAAUAUCAUGGAAUAUUUCGUGAAGAGCUACGGCACACAGUCAACGCAGGACUGCACCGAUGCUUUGGCACGAGCUGCCGCUGAUGCGCGGCCUCCGGAGUCCCCCUUGCAGAGCAUCGAGGAGAAGAUGAAGGAACUCCUCAACCCACUCACUGAUGGGAACGAGGAUGCUGAGGAUGCCCUGAUGGCCAGUGGGCCUGGGAGACCAUCUUCAAGAUAA